GCCUUAAAAAUGUGCAAAAAUGAAACCUGAAUAGAAAUGCAAAAGUAAAAGUGAAAGUGAAGGACAACAGAACUAUGCAGCGCGGAAACACACUACUUGUAGAUGGGCAACAAGGAAUGCCGACCCUCUGCUACACGACCCCGUUCCAGUACGGAGCUCAAGUCAGGACCUUCCAAGAUUACAGGAUCCACGAGUACAUAGACGAGCAGAAACUAUCCCUCUUCAGAUCACCUUUUGACUCACCGUAUCCUAAGAUAGACGUGGACUUGAAAUACUUUAAGAUAGUGUGUGAGGAUGCAGAAGAUAAGAACAAAGGAGAUAUAAAUGGCCAGACAGCACUGCAUGCUAUGUGCCUGUACGGAUCUGUCAACUCUCUGAAGAUCCUUCUAGAAGCGGGAUCAGAUCUGGGAUGUGAGGACCUUGCUGGCUUCUCGGUAGCUCACUAUUGCACCAUGUCAGACAGAGCGGACUUGCUGUCUUAUCUAGAUAGAAAUGGUGUGUCGAUCACUAAACAAGCUCUUACCACAAGCAGGACGCCACUCCACGUGGCUAGCAUUUGUAACAGUGUCCAGUGUGUCAAGUACCUGCUGGAGUCUGGAGUUAACUGUAAUCAGGUUGAUAACUUUGGUUACUCUCCCCUAUGGCUCGCUCUUUACUAUGGUAACGAUAAAAUCUGUCAGCUGCUGUCCCAACACGGGGCCCAAAUAAAUCUCAACGAAGUGGACAAAGUAUGCUUCGUGUUCCGGACAGUUGAAAAGAGCACAGAGUUUGGAACGUGGUUGCUGGAUUCCUAUAUCACUACUUGUAAGUACAGGGGUGUGUCCUGUGUGUGGCUCAACAACUUUGUGAACGGGGUUUCUUACGAGAGUACGGACUUAUCACACCCUUAUCUCUACCUCGCCUCUCUAAAACAGCAGGUCAUUGAUCACCCCGUCAUCAGAGCCUAUACUCGAGCAGCUUGGCAAUACUUUGGCAGAAAAUCUGCAGUCUUGAACGUAGUUACCUAUUUCACAUUUAGUCUCCUGUGGACUCUCCAUUUCUUGUCCGAUAACGGGAAAACGUUUAGAGAUAAGAGCAAUGUGGGGAGGAUAAUAACCUUCUCUUUACUCCUUCCUUACGCUGGGUUAAUGAUAUAUUACCUGGUGGUGAAGAUAAGGUGUAUUUACAGGAAACAAGUGGAUUGCAUUCUGUUCGAGAUGAGACUGGUAGAUAAGGAACUGGAUAAUAUACAUCCUUGUAUGUGGCGAGCUUAUCUAGUGCUGCUACGAGACAAGAGGGGACUCGCUCUCAAGUUAGAUCAGCUCAAGAUUGGGAAGGUGCUUGUGCAGCAGGUUAACGAGCUGGUUGUAAUGUUAUUGACGGUUAUUAUUCUGGUUCUAGACCUGGUGAUGACAGUGGCUAGUGAGGAGGAAGAAAGAAGACAGGAGAUUAAUGUAGCGUACAUUGUGAUCAGUAGUUGCGUCUUAGUCCUGGUCUGGCUGAACACCCUCUUCAAGCUCCGUUACUUUCGAGAGUUUGGAACUUUCCUCGUCUCUGUAAAGAGACUCGCCAGUCUUCUUCUUAAAUUCUCUGUAAUGUUUAUAUUUUUCUACAUUCCCAUAGCCUGCGUGUUUUGGAAAACAAUCUACCAAAGUACAGACGUACCCCACGUGACGCCCCACGUGACACCCCACGUGACAGCCACUGUUGAUAAUACUACGAUAGUCACCUUCCCUGAUGCUUUCUACAGAGUAUACCGCAUGACCUUUAGUGACUACACGUACAGUGAUGGGCUAAAGAUAGCGGCUAAACAAGGUCUGCCCGCCUGGUGGAACAUUCUGACCUUCUACUGGCUGACAGUGGGCGGGCUCAUCUUACUCAAGAUCUUAGGAGCUAUGGUAUUUUCAGCCCUGUCUCAACCUCUCAACCAGGCCCUCCUUAUAGCGUACACAGAGCGACUUCGCUACAUCUGCGAAUUGGUAAUGAACCAGAGCAGUUCUAGCAGACAGGACUUCGCCAGAUUCCUCGAAAUGGAGUGUAAACCCUACGUGAGUGAAGGGGAGCUUAUCAGGGAUGUUAGGACGGCGGAGAGGGAGGUGGAGAUGGAGAUGGAGAGGAUUAAUCAGCGCCUCAAUCACCUUUCUGAUCACGUGUUCCAGAGCGCGGCAGAACGGUCCGUGAGUUCUAGCUCUGGUUUGAAUAUUUAA